CGCCUUGCGUGUGCGUCACCGUGUGUCACGAGUGCGUGCACCGUGCCACUCCAGGCUACAUCACGCCGUGCUCCGCGAGCAGUUUUUUUCCUACUCCUUCCUACGGUGCCUGCGGCACUUUUCGACACUCCGCGCUCCGUGCCGGGCCUUUACGGGCCCGCGAAGAUCGGCGAUCACGCCCGAACUCUUUAUCAGCGAGAGACGAUAAUGCGAGCCGCCGCGCCGCGCCGUUUCGAGCAGCUCGACGGAGGAAUAUCGGAAAAGUGCGGCCGUUGAAGUGCUCUCGUAAAAAUAGCGUGCCGUUACGUGCGACGGUUCUUCACACGCCGGGAAUCUGGAGUUUCUUCUCCACGGUGGUGGUGAUUACAGUAAGCUGUGAUAAUAGUGAUAACGCCGGAGUGAUUUCGUUCGUCGAGUGAUCUCAUCCGAUCGAGCGAGCGGAUGAAGGUGUAGAGGAAGAAGGAAAGAAUCGGUCAACUGGAUCGUGGCUCGUUCUCGGGUUCUGGGUUCUGUGUGAUGUGUUUAAUAAUGAUCGCAGUGCUUGACGUCUUUCUCAAAAAGAAAAACACAAGUCUUCUUCUCGACAGAGACUAAAUCUUCCGUGCAGCGUCGUUGACCGGUUUGGCCGGCGAAUCGAUGUUGAAGGUUCAUCAGCGAGCGAUACGUUAUCAACGAAGGACCGUCUUAUGAAGACGAGAUCAAGGAGAGCCUGAGAAACAGCAACGGCGGCCAAUUCCCGUGUUCCUACGUUCCUACGUGAGGUCUCUCGGUGAUGGACGAUCGAGAGAGUCCGUUCGUGCGAACACAGGCUAGCAGAAGCCUGAUUCGACCGCAGGCAGGUGCACGAAAGUUCCUGAUGCCGUCGCCCGCAGAAAGGACAGUGCGUCAGCUGAAUCGACAAGCUCCUAAUGAACCGAGCCCGAUGAGCAUACCGAAGCGGUUAUCGGCGCCGCUCGCGCCUUUGGAGGGCCUGAAGCAGUGGGAACUGGUAGAGGAUGACAAGGGUUUGCAGGUAGUGGAGAAACGGUCCGGCGCUUUAAGCCCGAUCAGACCCAAGGAGGUACCCACAAGCCCGCUCUAUAGUCGCGCUCCCGUUUCCGUAAAGAGACUCCUCAGCGACACGAACAUGGACGCGAGUCUGGAGGAGAAGUUAAGAGUCUUCAACGAGUCGAAGAUCAUCCAACCGAUCGGACUUCCGUAUGUCCAACAAAGGACGGAGCUGACACCCGCUCCAUUGUCGGCGGUGCCCAAGGCGCCGCUCAGUCUCGAUUUGAUUCUGAAGCAGCAGCGAACAGCAUCGACGGGCGCGACGACGCUCGAGAGCACCGACAUGCUGCAACGAUUGGAGCAGCAAGUUAAGGCCAUCGAGAUGGGCACGAUCGCUGCAAGGACGCGCCACUUGGAGAACAGUUCGGAUUUCGGAGCGGAAGUCCAGCUUAGAUACAAGGAACACGAGGACUUGCUGCGAAACGUCACUGACGACGAGGCCGAGGGGGCCUCGCUGUUGCACCGCGGGGACGCGACGCGGAAUUCCACCGGAAACGCCGGCAUCGCGCCAAAGAAGCCCACCGUUAAGCUAUCCAGGACCGCUUCGGAUACGCGGCGAGGGCAAGAAGCGGAGAUGAGAGCGCAAUCCAGGAUGCCGCAAACUCGCGCGAUCGUCCGGCCGAUAGUUACCAAGAAGGAUCAUCAGCGACAUCAGCAACUGCAACAGCAGAACAACGCGACGGCCGUCCCGCUCAAACCGUUGUCAGACAUGCAGAAGAGUAUUCAGAGCGAGAAGGAGACGGGGGAUGGCGUAGGGGUGUCGAGUAGCGGAGGUCGGCUCUCUUCGAGGAGUCGAACCUCCGAAGAACCUCAUAUCGGCAAGUACAAAUUACUGAAGACGAUUGGCAAAGGUAACUUUGCCAAGGUGAAGCUUGCUAAGCAUGUGCCCACGGGGAAGGAAGUAGCCAUCAAGAUCAUCGAUAAGACUCAAUUGAAUCCCGGUAGUCUUCAAAAGCUGUUCCGAGAAGUCAGGAUAAUGAAGAUGCUUGACCAUCCAAACAUAGUGAAAUUAUUCCAAGUGAUCGAGACUGAAAAGACACUGUACCUGGUAAUGGAGUAUGCCAGUGGUGGCGAGGUCUUCGACUAUCUGGUUCUGCACGGGCGAAUGAAGGAGAAAGAGGCGAGAGCGAAGUUCAGGCAGAUCGUUUCUGCUGUGCAAUACUGCCAUCAAAAGAAGAUCAUUCAUAGAGACUUAAAAGCCGAAAAUCUGUUGCUCGAUAGUGAAAUGAAUAUCAAGAUCGCCGAUUUCGGUUUUAGCAAUGAAUUUACACCCGGUAACAAGUUAGACACAUUUUGUGGCUCGCCGCCAUACGCCGCACCGGAACUUUUUCAAGGAAAGAAAUACGAUGGUCCGGAAGUGGACGUAUGGUCGUUAGGUGUAAUCCUAUACACACUGGUAUCCGGCUCACUGCCUUUUGAUGGUUCGACAUUGAGGGAAUUGAGGGAGAGGGUAUUAAGGGGGAAAUAUAGAAUUCCGUUUUAUAUGUCCACCGACUGUGAAAAUCUUCUUAAGAAAUUCUUGGUGCUCAAUCCAACGAAGAGAGCCUCAUUAGAGAACAUAAUGAAGGAUAAGUGGAUGAAUUUGGGAUACGAGGAUGACGAAUUAAAACCGUACUUAGAACCUGAACCUGAUUAUAGAGAUCACAAGAGGAUAGGUGAGUCUACCAAGGCCUUAGCCAGUAUGGGAUACACUCGAAGCGAAAUAGAAGAUUCUUUAGGACAAGCGAAAUAUGACGAUGUAUUCGCUACUUACUUGCUCUUAGGCAGAAAAACGACGGAUCCUGAAAGCGAUGGAUCACGAUCAGGUAGUUCGUUGUCGCUGCGUAACAUUCCACCUCAAGUCAGUUCAGGUGGUGGAGGAGGAAGCAGUGGAGGAACAGGUGGCGCGGUACAGAGUCCAUCUCACAGAGGUGUUCACAGAAGUAUUUCUGCUAGUAAUCCAAAACCCAGUAGACGGGCCUCGUCUGGUGGUGAAACUCUUCGAGGCGCACCCAGUCCAGGUAACGCAACGAAUCACAAUCACGCGACUGCAAUAACUGGCACAACUGUGACUGGAAGUGGGGGUAAUUUUAAACGACAAAAUACCGUGGACGCUGCCACAAUCAAGGAAAAUAGCGCUCGCGUUUCUGCAAGCCGGCCCUCUGCACCUAAAAACAGUCAACCACCUGGGCAAUUAGAUACUAUGACAAUGUUCAUUCUAGGCGUGGGUACAAGUCCUGGUGGUAAAGCAAGGGUAGGCAAGAGCAACACAAUGAAUGCAGGAGUAGGUGGUGGUCGGCCUCUUACCUCACCUGCUCCUGGUUCUGUUGGUCGACGUAGCACCAUCUCCUAUGAUCAAGCGAAAACAUCAUCAUCGUCUACUGAAAGAACCAACGAAGUACCCAGCCUGGGCGAGGGCACUAGACCAACGCGGGGUCACACCAAGUCUGCGAGCAUCAGCGCAAGUCACCGUUCCUCAAGUGGUGUACCCCCCAGCGACCAUUCACUACUGGACCCUCAACCACGCAACGCCCACAACUCCUUACUCGCCACUGCUGACCCUCUUAGGCAGAGUUUGGGUGUAUGCACAAGCAACAGACUGGCCACAACCACUACGCCAGCAUUUCCACGGAAUGUUCCGAGCCGCAGUACGUUCCAUUCUGGCCAAAACAGAGCACAGCGAAAUCACACUCAGGGUCACACACAAACGCAGGACACAAAUGCAAUUAGCCCACUAGCAAGGCCGUCCUUCUUCUCAAAAUUAUCCUCCAAGUUCUCCAAACGGCCAUGAACCAUAUAAGCUUCGCUUCAUCUCUCGAGUUCCGACAAGCGAAAGGCCAUACAGACACGGGUUUUAACACAACCGAUGUGCCGACAGUAUCAUGAUACAGCAUACCCGAUGCGUACCUAACGCAUGUUGAAUCGAGCUGGGCAAAGAGGCAAAAGACUAUUUAUUAUUAGUCAACCGCUCAAUGGAUAUUGUGUGAUGUAUACAAUCUCAAAAGAGAAAAGAAAAACUCUUGACUCCGUUAUUCUGUGGUUCUCAAGAUUGAAUGUAAAUUACUUUUUUAAGAACUUUUACAUGUCGAAUAUUGUGCGUCAUCUACGAUAUGUAUAUGUGUACAUAUCGUGUAUCAUCGUAUCCAAAUUUAUAUACAUAUAUAUAUAUAUGUACGUAUAUGUAUGUAUGAUUAUAUGAAUAGAGAAAAAUGUCUUCCUGAAAUCACAAACCAGGAAAUCGCCUUACGCACUUAGAUAUAGCACUGAUGAUAUCUGUGCCUUUCCUAAUUCAGCCUGCCUAUAACCGUAUGCAUACUUUACGUCGUCCAUCUAAAGAGAAAUCUGACACAUCUCUCUCUCUUUAUAUUUUUCUACCAUUUUUCACUCCACUAAAGCUGUCUUAGCUGUCACUUGUUUUGCUUUCGUUACAAAGUCACAGCAGAGAAUGUCAAACCAUUUUAUGAGAAGCGAUGAUAGUUAAUAGAUGCCGCCCGACGUAAAGUAUCUAGCCACUAAAAUGAUAGGUGUGAUUUUUAAUAAGUGUGCUCAAAACACUUAUCUUUAUACACCGGAAAGCAUAUUUUUCUGUGGAACGGCAGAUGUGUGACAGGCAUAGAUUAUUCUCCUACAUUGAAAUUAGCAAACUAGUAAUCUUACAAAUGUGAUGAAAUGACUUUUAUCUGCAAAUCAACGAUACAUAUAUAAACUAGCACACAAGUGUUUUACAACUCCUAAAUAUUUUCUUUCGAACGAACUCUUUAACGUCUUUAAUAAUGUCUUAUUUAUAUUUUAUCGGAGAAACACACGUUUAUUCAUGUUCCUUGUUUUUGUAUAUCACUACUAUCCUUAUAUAAUACCCCUUUUUUUUUCUCUCUAUACUGCCUUUGGAAGAUAAAAGCGACAGAUGCUUGCUAACGUGAAAGUAUAUUAUAUUCGAUCGUCAUGAUUGAUUACGAGUGGUAGAGAAUUUCGAGUGUGAGGAAAAUGUUAUAGUUAUACUAACACUAACGAACGAACCAGACAGAUUUAAUAGAUAAUAGAGUACAUAUGAUUGUUCGUACUUUGACAGAUUUUUUUAAGUGAAGGAGGAAGUCUCGCCUUGUUUCCCCAGAGCUGAAAUGAGAGCGAGCCGCAUGCAGAUAUAUCGCGCCAUGGCAAUCGCAUCUUCCACGAAUGUAUUAUUUUAUUUCGUUUUGAUUUUCUCUUUUUUUUCCAUAAAUUACAAUGAGGACUAGAAUAAUGUUGUAUAUCUUGUAACAGUAUAGUUAAUUUUUUCUUUUUUUCUUUUUUAGGAAAAUAUGUUGGAUAGUAAUAAUAUUUCAAGUUAUAAUGUCGACUCUAAUGAUAAAACUUUCGUUAUUGCAAAUAAUUAAAGUAAUAUCUCUUAUAUUGCGUAUUUUCCUAUUUUGCAUAAUAUUAUGUUGCUCGUUGAAGUUAAUACCAUUGACCGAGUAUAAUAUAAUGUACUAUAUAUAUCUAUAUAUAUAUAUAUAUCACAGUGAAAGCGUAAAAUUCAGUAAUUGUAUAUAUUUAUUAAUAAAUGUAUUUGUUAGUAAAUUAUUUAAGGUUAGACAAAAAGAGUAAAAAUGGAAAUAAAUAUAUUUCUAGUAAACAUAUACAUUUACUCGCAACCCUAUAUUUUUAUUCAGCUUCAGUGAAAACAUACCAAGUAGUACAAACUUUUUUGCGUAUACGAAUUACCUAUCCUGUUUAACAAAUGAUUUAUAAAUUAAACUGCAUGCAGUUUAAUUUUAUUGAAAUAAUGAAGUAUUAAUAUGCUAUGAUACUUUGAACAAUGAUAAUUGUCGAUCAUACGAUCUAAAAUAACUAUUUAUCAGAAAACUAAACAAAGAACUUUUCAAAAAUACGAGAAGUAAACAAAUAUUUUGUUGUUUAAUAAAAUAAUUUCUAUUUAUCGGAACAUAGUAAACUGUACAGAGUAAUAUUUUUAAUUACAUACUCUCUGUUGGAAUACAUUUUCGCUAAAUUAAAAUACCUAGUAAGUGCAUACAUUUUCUAGCAAAAGUAUCAAUUGUCUCCUCUUCUGGCAGUUUUAAUAACAUAAGGUUAGCAUAUACGCAUAAAUUUACUAGUAAGUGUGUACAGUUACUGAUUUUACGCUGAUACUGAUUUUACGGUGUAACAUAUAUAUUGCUUUUGAUAUCCAGCAUAGAUUCCUUUUUUCAAAGAUAGCGUGGAAUACGUGUCUGGCUUUCUUGUAAUGUCAUUAAUAAGUUUAUACAUUGGCUUCUUGUACUGAUUCUUUCACUAAAACGAAAUUCAAGGAAGUAUGUCCUUAAAAAUGAAUGGAUACGUAUGUUGUCAUAUACAUAUGUAUGUUUAGAUAUUGACAUAGCUACAACAUUUUCUUCCGUAAAGUAUCUGGUGCGGCUUUAUACUUUUCUUCUUAUUUGUAGAUCAUUGUCGAGUUAUAAUAAAUAACGUAUUUCUUUGCAAGAAUGAAAGAAUCUAAACAAGUAAAGGAGCUAAUCAACUCGAUCUAUUUACAAUAUUUAAAGAAAACCAAUCUUACAAUUGAAUAUUCUUCGUACAUUGUUCGUUUUAAUUGAUUUUUAUGUCUACGUUUUGUAAUCAAUGUCAGUGUAAUAAUUGCAUUUAUAUUUGAAUAUUAUUUAGUUGACUCAAUUUGUUAAAAACAAAUACAUUUCAGUCGAAUAAACGCAAAUAUGGAGUUAUGUGAAACAUAUAUCAGGCAUUCCACUUUAUCUUUUCUCUUUGAUUAAAGUGCUUGUCGUUUAGUGCGAUUAAUUAAAGUAUAACUUAUUUUUAUCAAACAUUUUUCAUUGUCGAGAUUCUGUAAACAAAUAGCAACAGAUUACACAAAAAAAAUAAAUUUAAUAUACCAGAAUAAUUCUUUAUUUCUGCAAAUUGGAAAUUAUGUAUAAUACUAUUCCGACGUUGAUCUCAAAGCUGACUAAUACAUUAUGAUUAGAGUGCUAUUUGAUUGCAAUGAAUGGCAAUUCGAUUUUACCCACCUUGCUUUAAUUUAUUCUAUUAAUAAAUAUUAAUUUGUAUUGUAUAAAUUAUUGAAAACACGACAUAUAAUCGAACAUUAUUUGAACAAGGCAGGCCAUAAUUAAUUGGUACUUCAUUUAUUUGUAUAUUGAUUAAUGUAUCCUAAUCUAUACAUUAUAUCAUUAUUUAAUUAUUAGAAAUAUACAAUAUUUAAGCACGUAUGUCUUUGAUAAUCUCACUGUAUAACAAUAAAGAUAAAUGUUAAUGAGCUGAUUUCUUGUUAAAGAGCAAUGCUGUGCUUAGUACAACGUAAUAUUAAAAAUCCGAUUAAAUUAACUGUCAUAUAUAAUAGCUUAUACCCAAGAUUACUUUUUAUAAAUGUCAUAUUUAUCAUAGAAACCUAUAUAUUUUUUAAUAUAUAAGAAAUCAUACCUACCAGAUUUUGAAUGAAAAAUACAGGAGCCAGAUAUUGCGCGUAAACCUUUACGGUGUAAGACGUAGCUAUUAAAAAUACUAAUAACCUCUCUCUCUGCAAUCUGGCUUUAUUUCAAUACUAAGUACAGGUAUUGUCUUUGCGUAUGUUAUAAAUAAAUUCGAGAAUUGUGAUCAUGUGUUACCCCAAUAUCGCAUAUACGUGCCUUCUCUCCCAUAUAAUAUUGUGUAUUUCAAACAUCUCGUUACACGAUAGAUCAGUGCACUAAUCCUUCCACAGUCAUUGCCAGUAGCAUUUAUUAAUAAUAUCUGGUCAACGCAAAAUAGCUUCUACAUUUAUAUGGCAAAUAACUAUUAUUAUACGUUUAUUAACGAAUCAUGGCGUAUCCUAUAGAGUGGCCUUGGGCUGCUUUUAAAUUAAAUAUGUUAUCCUACUUGUAGCAAAUCAGAGAAAUUUUAUCGUCUCUGAUCUUUUAAGACAUUGAUGAUUUUUUUAUAUUCUUUUGUAUGAAGGAUAUUUAAAAAAAAAUCGUACAUUUACUUCUAUUGUAUGAUAUGAGAUAUUUCCAAUUAACUUUUUAUUUACAUCUCGUGAGAUUGCACAAUUAAUGUAUCCCGAUAUAUUUAGUAUUUUGAUAUAUUUUCAACGAAUGUUUAAAAUCGUCAUUACUAGGAUUUGUUUUUGUAUUUGUCACAUGUUUAUCGAUAUUCGGAUACAUAAGUGAUAUUAGAAAGUUAUGAAGGUAAUGAAGUGUAAUAGCUAAGGUCACCCAAUAAACUAGUGUGUAUGAAAA